AUGAGUAUCUUUUUCUGUGUUCUCGCUGUUUUUGGGCUGGCACAAGCCACAAUGGGGACUGUUGCGCCAGACGCGGCGACCUUCUUUGACUCGACCAUCCAUGGAAAUCUCACCAAAAUUACUUGGGUGCAUGCGGUCAAUGAUUUUAAAAAAUUGAACCAAACUUUGGAUGAUGAAUCGAUAAUGAUGGUGGAAGCUGAUGUUGUUUUGGGAACUGUUGGCAAUUCCUCAGAAAUAAUUCCAAUAAUGGCACAUCCGCCAGAUAAUACCAGCGAUUUGUCACUCGCUGAUUUUUUGACAGCCAUGAUUAAACACAAAAAGAAGGGUAUUAAGUUAGACUUCAAAACUAUCGAGGCUUUUAAUGGUAGUUUGGAACUUCUGACUAAACAUCGCGAAAACAUGACAUUCCCAGUAUGGCUGAAUGCAGACAUUCUUAGCGGACCAGUUGACGCAGAUACCAAACCCGUUGACUCAAAACAAUUUUUAUCACUCGCCAAUAAAACUUUACCAGAAAGUACUUUGUCAAUUGGUUGGACUACCAGGUAUGGAAUCCUAAAAGUGAUAAUUUCCGGCAACUACAGCGAGGCGCAAAUCGAUGAAAUGAUAAAAACGGUUUCGAACACAUCCCAGCCGAUAACUUAUCCAGUACGAGCUGGUCUUGCAGCAGGUGACAUCGCCGUCUGGUCAAAACUCUUGAACAGCACUGCAGAUAAAAAUGCUACCCUGACGAUCUGGUCAGCAGAAGGCGACAAAGUAGACGUUGACCAGUUGAUAAAGUUGAUCCAAGAAGUCGGAUAUGAUCGAGUGUAUGUCGAUGUCCCCGAAAAACUGCGAAAGCAACUGGCGGGAUCCGCGACGUCAGCGAGCAUCUCCACCUUCCUGUUACUCAGCUCCAUUUUCCUGGGAAAUGUUCUGCUGGCGAAUUUAUUAGAUUUUGUGAAUUUAAAUGUUAUAAGUGCAUAA